AUGGUUAUCAGCAAACUUGAAAGUGUUGUUGCCGUCCCCACUAUUUUCACAGCCCUGAAAUUUGGCGCAUCGCCAAAUAAAGGAUACAGAAAUAUCCUAGACUUCUUAUUCACCUUUAGUAUGAAAGACGUUGAAAAGCUCGAGCAAACGGAAGUUAUUGAGAGAACAAUAUCUGUUGAUCGAGAGGGCAGACGCCCUAGCACGUCUAAUGUUGUGGAGUACACUCUUGCGGCAUUAACUUGCACCCUUCCCAUUGCGGUUACUUUGUACCUGAGCUGGAAAGAUAAGAAGUUCAUGUUAACGGAGCUUUCCAAACAGGAGCUAAUCACAAGAUUAUCGCUGUACAAAUCAAAACCACCAACCAUGAUAUUUAUCAAUUUUCUAAUCUCCUUAGUGGGUGUAGAGAAUAUCCUUGGAAUUAGGUCUUCCCAAUUUGUUACUUUUGCAUCCUUCUACUUGGUAGCCAUCUGGUCACAGGCAUCGAUGGUGAUUGUGCAAGUAGUUGGAAUAGUCAAUGAAAUGCAUCUAGAGAGAGAAUAUUUUUGGUCAAUGACGCUUUUGACCAUCGUUUUCAUAUCCAUCGCGCUGGGGUCAUUGUUUAGUCUCUACAGGGCACAAUUGACAAUUAUGAACGAUUCACAAAAUGGCCUCACGCUUAUGAGCUCGUUUCAGGCAUGGCUCACGGCUUUUGGUUGUCUUUUCGAAUUGUGCCAUUAUUCGACAAUCAAUUUCAACAAUAUGGUGAAUUACUAUUCCUUUCUCACCAACAGUCUUUCUGAACAGCGAACGCUAAUAUUGCUUGUCAUCAUACACGUUUGCGCAAUCAUCAUAGUCGGAGCUGUCCUCCUUACAAACUUUUUAUGCUGUCUCGUAUUUGAGCGUGAAACUAAACCUUGGAUUAUGGAUCAGCAAUCCACUGCAAUGAGAAUGAUGAUUUGUCCGCUACUGUCCAUCUCAGUUCUUCAUUGCAUGCAGAACGAGUGGGCGGAUUUGUUCAAUUCUCGAUAG